AUCUGCCUGACUGUGAGCCCUAGAUUUCUGUCGGCCUGCUUAAUUGCCCACAAAUACGUCCUUCUCUUUGACUUUCUGAAUGCUUUCAUUUGCCAUACAGAAGACUGGACUAAAACUCUCUGUCAGCUGCCUUCACGGCUUUCCACAAACUUUUCUCUUUAGUGUUGCCAACAAAAAGGCUUCAAGUACCGGGGCUGAAUCCCUGGUUUAUUUUUUACCUGUAUUUCCUCAUGCUAUGCUGUCUUCCAUGGGCAUUUGUUAAAAUUUCCCCUAACUCAGGCAGUAAAAUGAAAUCUGCACCUUUCACUCAUUUGUUAAAGAAAAGAUCUACAAAUUUUCUGCGGCAUGGAUUUGCAGUUUGUGAGCUUCCUCUUUAUGAAAUAUGUUCCGAAAAUGUGUCAAGAGUCCAGUGUUCAGGAUUAGGAUGUUGCUUCCAUAAACAAAUUUGCUACAGGAAAGCAGUGCCAUCAUACAUGCAAGUGUUCAUCAUCUUGAUACUACUCAUCAUGGGAUCCUUCAUUUUAUUUGUAUUCCACAGCUUUCUGGUAGAGAAGAGGAGAAGAAAUGUGCCAGAACUAUAUCCCACUGCUACUUAUUUUAAUGAAGAAGACAAGGAGCAACAACAGGAAGGAAAAAUUAGCUCUGAUGAUUCAAAAAGUGAAAGUUAAAAUGCUGGCAAAGAUGAAUGAAAGAUGGUACUGGAAGAACUGGAAUAAGAAAAAAGAAAAAAAGAUCCAAUUGCCGUAUGGAGUUGUGGUAUUGUACAUUCCUCCAUUUUGCGCAGUGUAUCGUAUGGUAUAACACUCAUUAGAGCCCUCCUAAAAUAUUCCUUACAACAAUACAUUUUUUUAAAUAUUUCAUUAUAUACUUUAUUUAACAUGUCAUAACUGGCCAUAGGGGAGAGAGACUUUUGGAAAGUGUUUCUUGGUCAAUUAGGAGUAAUUCCCUGUAUGAAAGAGUUUUUAAAGCAAAACUUCCAAAAUUGGUUGUCGUCGUGUGUUGACUUCAGUGGGGUUUGGACCAGGCCCUUAACUAGGAGUUAUUGGGCUCAGUGGUGUUCAGAUGGCCACUAGAACCUGCACUUUACUGUUACAAUAUUAAACCAAUUUCUCUGUGGUUUGGGGGGCAUUGUGACUCUGGCCUGAUUUUACUACAAAAAUCAUCCUUUUAAGUAUUCCUUGAACACACAUGUGUAGAGACAG